CUUACACUCUAGCUUUGCAGAAAUUUGAUUACAAAACUGUGUGCAAGAGAUUCACUGACCCCAAAGAGUGAGAUAAAUGUAUGUUUAUUACUUUUACUGUAUCGAGAAAGGUGAUCUGUCACCCGUGAUUUUUCAAAAGUUGCGAUGCACUUGCUGGAUUUAUAUUCAUUGGUGAUUCGUUGUGGUGGUGUGUUUUUAUCAUACUUGGUGUAUGGCAUAUACCAAGAAAAAAUUACUAAAACUAAGUAUGGUCCAGAAAAAGAGCCUUUCAAUUUCUACUUAUCACUUCUCCUUUUGCAAUGUGCAGUGAACUUUAUUUUUGCCAAAAUAGUUUUAAAAUUGAACCCAGAAUCUCCAUCUACUGCGAAGGGAUAUAAGUUCGCCAUGUGUGGUUUUGCCUAUAUUACUGCAAUGUUUGCAAGCAAUACAAGUUUGAGUUAUGUCAGUUACCCAACUCAGGUGGUAGGAAAGUCCAUAAAGCCGGUACCUGUCAUGCUUCUGAGUGUUCUGCUAGGGAAACGACGUUAUCCUCUGCAAAAGUACAUUUUUAUGACUAUGAUUUCUGUUGGUGUGGCACUCUUCAUGUUUAAGGGGCAUUCGACAGUAGCGCUUACAAGCAACUUUGGUUUUGGAGAGCUUCUCUUGUUGUGUUCUUUACUAUUUGAUGGCAUUACUGCUGGUCUUCAAGAAGAUCUAAAAAGACAUAAUGUUGGUCCAUGCACACUUAUGUCGCAAAUGAACUUUUGGUCUGUCAUUUUCAUACUGGCUGCAAGUUUAGCUACCGGGGAAGUUUUGACAUUUGUGAAAUUCGUGGAAAGGCAUCCUCACGUUCUUCCUGAUAUGGCUAUUUUCUCUGUGAUAAGUGCUGUUGGUCAGUUAUUCCUGUUCGGUUUGAUCACAAAUUUCAGCCCACUAACUUGUUCAGUUGUAACUACAACACGGAAAUUUUUCACAGUUCUCUUCUCAAUUAUUCUAUUCAGUCAUACAAUGACAAAUCGUCAAUGGAUUGGAACUGUUUGCGUAUUUUCUGGUUUACUACUUGAUCAAAUCUAUGGGAAAACACCUUCUAAACAAACAUUGGACAAUAAGAAUACUAGAAAUGGUACAGUUAAAUCUGUUAAUAGACGUGAUAAAUCUGAAGGAGAAGAAGUAGGAAAGAGUGAAAUAAACAAAACCAAAUAAUAACCAUACCUCUCAAUGUAAAAUUUGCACGCUGAAUGAUAUAUUGCAUUUGAAUAUGCAUUAAGUCUUCAAGUUUUGCUGUUCUUGUUGUUAUUCUGCUGUGAUGAUUUUAUCCUUUUGUUUCCGUAUUGUUCCUGUAUUAUGCCUUUUGUAAUUUCAUACUCACUAUUUCAUCUUAAUAAAAUACACGCACACACGUUUACGUA